CGAUUCCAGUGAGAGGGCUUGAGCACCAAAGCCUUCAAGCGAUGCCGGAGACGCCCAACUUUCCGGGUGAGUUGGCCUCUGUCCCUCGACGUUGUAUUGAUUUGAAAUGAUAUCUUGAUGAUUGCACUCGAUGCCGCUUGAUUCUGCCUGGCACUGGCACCUCCUGUGUUUGAGGCAAUUUAGAGACGGGGUGAGAGAAGUGUAAUGCGCGCAGACGAAGCACAUCAAGUUUUGGUGGUAUGGCCUCAAAGAUCAUGGCGCCGAAGAGGUGUUUGCUAUGUGCAAGUGGACUGUUCGGUUGGGAAGAGGUGAUGGGCAGUCUCGUCAAACUUGCCGUGUAAGAGCGGGAAGAUGGAGAGGGACAUGCGAUGACCUUUCUUUGGUGCAGACCAGGCAAAGCGAAGUUGUUCAGCAUUUUGUUAUACAUUCGCCUUGCUCAAAGAGCAGAGGGGUGUGUGUGUACUGGCCCUCGAGCUCAAGCUGGCACAUGGUUGGUUGGGUACGUUUGCGAUAUUUUUGCAUUUUCCCCCACCAUUGGAGGUCCGUUUGCUUGGGUGCCAGUCGUGUUGCGUUUGUGCGUGUUCAGGUGGGGAGAGGAGCAGGAAGGCGUCGGGGGAGGGAGGGUGCACGGGGCAGGGCAAGGAGGUCCAUCCUAAGUCACACAGAACGAGGGCAGUUCCCAAGCACAUUAAGUUACGUCGCUGAGCCUUUGUGUCAAAGCAAAUGCGUGCGGCGAUCGAUCGCCAAUCAUCUAUGGUGGAGGGUGGAAUCGGCACAGGGCGGGAGCAGAGUAGUUUCGCAGGUGGCGAAGUAGCUCUGCUGAGCGCUGUGAUGUGUGUGUGGUUUGCACUGAUCGCUCCAGUGGUGAGCAAGGGUUGGGCACAUGGAGGAAGGAGAGGAGAGACGACAGCAUGGCGGCCGCCUGUGGGUGUCAAUCUCCAGGACUGUAGGAACAUGAACCCCUUGCAGCAGCAGCUCCGUGGCUUUUAUAUCUGGGCCAAUCUUGGGCGGGCGGGUUGAUGUGUGAGGGUGGGCCCUCUGCUCUGUUCAGGGUUGGGAUUGGAGUCGGGAUCGGGCCAGCACGGGAUUGGGAUCGGGACUAUGUGAGGAGGGCCCUUGUGUAGGUCGGAGUUCUUUUUUCAGUUCAAUUGAUCUUUUGCAGCAUUUCCUGGUCUACCUCUCUCCCUUCGAGUCUUUGGCCGUGGCCGAAGGAAGUGGUGAGAGGUGGGAAGCAAAGGGGCGGAGAUGUCGCGGCUUGAUCCCACAGAUUGUGGUCGGGCGUGAAAAGAAGAGAGGCGGGGUCUAGACAUAGAUUCUUCUUCGGAGUCCGGGGGAGCUGUAAAGUUGUCUCUUACCACUGGGCUAUUUGCUGGGGCCAAGCUACAAAAACCAUCUUGCGCACUUGACGUGCGUAACGUAUCCUGUCGGGAAGUGACGUGCUGUCGCACUGUGGCUUGCGGUCUCCUCGCUGUGAGGGCGUUCGGGUUGUUUCACAGUAAGUAGUUGACUUUGACCAGUUUUGUUGGGGACAGCAUGGAAGCCAUGCAGAUGCUAUUUGGCAUAACCGCAAGUCGGGGUGAUAUAUAUAUAGAUAGAUAGAUAUAUGUAGAAAGAAGAAGAUGAAGAAGAUGAAGAAGCAGGUAUGGCAUGAAGGGAAGGGUGCUCCUGCUUGGAGUACCUUCCAGCAGAGUGUCCAUCACAGGGCAGUUAUUGUUGGAUGCUUGGGUGAGAGACUAAGUACACGUGCCCAUUGGUCGCUGUUAGGAUGAUGCGUCCAUGGAGAGAGCACAAGAAGCGGAGUGGGAGCCAAGGGUGGGUGAGGGCGCGCGCGCGGGCUUGUCUGUCUACGUUCUCGCUGAGAAAGAAGGGGUUCUUGUCUGUUGGUGCAGCUUUAGGAAAGUGGUGGUAGCGGAGAGUACUAGUAGAAUAUGCUCUCUAUUUGAAUAAGACGGCAGCUCAGCACCAGUGUAAGAGGCCAGUGUGGCUGUGUCCUGUUUUGCCUCUUUUCAUGGCACACUUUGUUCAUUGUAAAGAGCUGCCACCGUCAUUACCGCUGCCUGAUCUUUCUGUGCAUCGUCAGCCGAUCUUUCUCUGCAUCUUCCCUUCCUCGACUUUUCCUCGCCCUCUUGCUUGCCACUAGCAUUGUUGAUCCAGGUCUUCCCUCGAAAGAGGCAAAGCCUUUUUGGCGUUCUCGCUUUCUUGCAUGCUUGCAUGUUCCUCGAGAUGACGGUGGUCCUGAUCGAGGAAUGGUCCACACCGUAGGGUCAUCUUCUCACCCUUUGUCCCUGUUUCUGGUUGGGUCGAUGUGGGCAGUGCCCCAUUUCCCUUUUUCGUCCAUUGUUUUUCGUCAUGUCCCGGUUGAUUUUCUGUCACAUUCCUGUCUCUUAUACACAUCUAGAUGUGUAUAAGAGACAGCUUCUCACCCUUUGUCCCUGUUUCUGGUUGGGUCGAUGUGGGCAGUGCCCCAUUUCCCUUUUUCGUCCAUUGUUUUUCGUCAUGUCCCGGUUGAUUUUCUGUCACAUUCUGUACAUUCCGGAAGCUCCUCCCCCUCCCCCCCCCCCCUCCCCGCCUUCCAAACAACUCCCGUCCCUCAACCCCUACCACGUAAUAUCCAGCUACCCCAACCCAAGACAAACUUGAUGCGUCCGUCCCCCCCUCGGAAAUCUUCUCCCUCUUUCUCCUCCCUUUGUUCUAAUCCUGUGCGCUUUUGGUCGCUUCUUAGCGCAUAUGCGCUUUCGUGCUCAAUCGCAUAGCACUGUUUCAUUAACCCUGGUUGGCCCGGUUACACCUUAGUUGAUCUGGUUGGGCGCCUCGGUUUUAUGUCCCGGUUUGACUUCUUUAACUCGGUCGACCUAAUCUUUCUUCGGAAAUCGCAGCCUUCUCGUACUGCUGUGCGCACUUCAAACUUGGUUUAAGACCUUUGGCUUGUCGUCAAUCAAUUUUAUAUCAACCU